UGAGAAGUAGCAGCAGUGUUUGGAGGAUUUAAUGCGCGUCACACCGCCUCCGGAUGUGUCCCAGCUCCGCGUCUGAUAUGAGCUCGGACUGUGAAAGUUACUACAGUAAAGAAAACGUGCUGGUGGAGGGGUUCACAUGUCCGAAAGCGGACAGUGACAGCACGGCACUCUUCUGCUGCGGCUUCAGUGACUUCAAGUACUGUUGUGAUGACCCCAACAGCUUUUUUCCCUACGAGUAUGGAUACAUGUGGUGGUUAAGUCUCGGAGCUCUCGUGGGUCUGUCUGUUGCAGCUCUGGUUCUUCUGGCUUUUAUCAUCACUCUCUGCGUCCUCUGCUAUCUGUUCAUCACCACAAAACCCAGAGGCCUGGACAACGGGCUGCCACUGCGAGCACCAGGCUCUACCUCGAGUCCACAUUUACCAGGGCCGAGUCACAUCAGCACACCUGCUCAACCUCAACGUCCCAGGAAACACUUCUUCAGGGCAAAGCUGGACUGUGACAACCAGCCCCCUGACCCUGACCGCCUUUUCCAGCGUUGUUUCAUGGCCACUGUGACGUCUGUCAACGUUGAGGGUCCUGCAUAGGCUGCAGGAAUAUUUGACCUUUUGAGCAGUUGUUUACAAUGAUAACUAUUGGGGAUAACCUCCUUACUGCUUCUGUACAGUAUUGUUUCUCACUGACUGAGCACAGGUAGGGCUUAGUAUUUCUAUCGACAAACACUUUUGGUUAUGGCUUAAAGCUUUUUCAAAUGUCUUUGCAGUUUAAAUCGUUAUCUAUUUUUUGAAGACUGUUACAGAUGAACUGAUGGAUAUGACACCAGUUUGAUGUCGGUGCUUUGAAUUUUAAUGUCUUAUUUGAGUUGUACCAGUUACUGGGGGUGGGUAAUGCGACUGUCUGUUGCACCAAAGCAAAGCUGCACAGCGAUGAGUAUUAACAGGCAGAAAAUAUGAAACUGUGAUCUCUUUGUGGAUUGAAAUUAAGUGUUUAUGCAGAUUAAAGGAAAACAAACCUAAAGUGUUCCAAUAAUUUCGGGCUGUUUCAAUUAAAUAUUUUUGAAGUGGUGAAAAGCAGAAGCAAGUUCACAGGUGGUAAUGUUGCCUGACUGCAGAAUCCCAAGAACUGAAUACAGAUGAUCUGUUGGUUAGCACAUGUUGCUCAUGCAUUUAAUGCUCUUCUGCUUUCUUCAUGCAUUUAAAAAUAUGCAGAAUUCAUUGCUUGUUUUCCAGAAUAAGAUCCACUGAGAUAUCGCAUCAAACGCUCUCCGUAUUAUCAUUUCCUAACACAGACUCAUCACAGACUCUGUAAUGUAUUUGUUGAACCUGAGGCGCAGAGCUGUGAAGAGUGAACUGUCUGGCUUUGUCUAAAUAUCUGGGGCUGCUGGGUUCACACAUGCUCUGUUUAUCUGAUUUAUUUGUUCCAGUUCUUUUUUCUCCUGACUCAAAGGCCUGUUUCUGCAGACUGAGUGAGAAGUGGGUGAAACAGAGUUUAAAAACAGAUAUCAUUUUUGAGGGAUAUUUAUUGGAAUGUUGAUAGGGGAGGAAACAGUUUGAGUUACACAAAUAAUACCUCAUAAUCUGAGAGGCCAGAUAGACUCUUAUAUGUAUUCAUAAUGUGGGAUAUAUUUCACAUUCAUCUGGAAAACAGCCCAGAGUUUUUGUUUGAGAUGGGCAAAACCUUUAAAAAUUCUCUCAAGGUGUCUGGAUGACGGUUCUGUCAGUCACCUUCAUUAAAAGCUAAUCAGAGCAUCAAGAUAUGUGGCAUAGUGGGCAUUCACUUCCCCACAGGCAGCUAUUGUUGUUCACUUUCAGUGGACCAGCUCGCAACACAACUAUGCCAAUAGCUACCAAAAAGCUGGUCAGGAGAAGAGCAAAAACAUAUUUUCUGCCAAGAAAAGCUGUCUGUGAAUGUUUUUUCUCUUCUUUUAAUGAAGAAAUGUAGCCCAGUUCUGAUGGAACUGUUGCUAAAGCCAAAUCUGAGCAGCAUCCGUUGUUUGCUAACGUGACACACCAUUUCAUAUAUGCAUUGCAUGGAUAUUUCACAUUCAGCUGGGAAAGCUAGCUAUCAAGGCAUUUGGGAAGGGCAGGGCUUUGAGGGUGAUUGGACGAACGUUCUGUCACAUUCAUCACAGGCCAAUCAGAGCGACAAAACAUGUAAUGUAGGAGUACGCUACCAUAGUGUUGGAACUGUGGAUUAUGAUGUGGAUUAAACUCUGCAGUCUGUGGGGAGAAGAGUGAAAAAAUCUUCUUCACCAAGAGGAGCUUAUGGUGUGACUCUCUGCACUUGUUUUAGUAAAGAAAUGUGGUCCAGUUCUGAUGAAAGUGCCGCUUUACCCAUUCUCCAGUUGAGCUAACUGCUCCACCAGCUCCCAUAGUAUAUGUUUGGGGGGGCCCUAGUUUGCUAAACAUCCGCAAAACAACACCCUCAAUUUAUCAUGGCAGCUUAUUUUAUUCUGACACUCAUUUUUAAGCAUAUAAGCCAUAAAGACAGGCAAUUUUAAUUCUCCUCAGAUGAGAAUGAACACUCAGCUCUGGAGCCCCCUAGUGGCUUGUGUGGCCCUAUGCAUUUGCAUAGUCCACUAACAGCAAGAAACAGCCCUGCCACAGAGCUAACCACAAGUAACACACAAGUUGCUGUCACCUCACAGUACAACUAAACCUUGCCCAUAGCUACCGCCUCGUUCUCCUCAACUGACGCUGAUUGCAAGAUGGAUUUGCCUGAUGAUAGACAUGGAGUCUGGCCGAUCCAACAGCUUUUUAAGGUUAAAUGUUUCCUGGCUUGCAGAACAACUAAACCCUGCCCAUAGUUACCGCCUUGUUCUACUCACAUGACGUUGAUGAGUUGGUACAAUGCAUCUCAGACUAGGGGCCAACAUUCCAGAUUGAAGCUUCGCAAGAUGGAUUUGUCUGAUGACAAACAUCGAAUAUGGCCAGUCCAUCAGCUUUGCAAGGGUAGACCUCCGUCCACACGGAGACAACUUUAGGAGUAUCCACAAAAGUUUUUUCUUUCUUAACAGUGUUUCAUCCCCAUGGAUUGGGAGCCCAAAAACACUGCUUUUUGAAAGCGGGUCACAGAGUGAACAAAUCUGUAUACGCCAUCCCUUGCAUCUCCAUGUAUGAAACAACGAACAUCCAUUCUGAAACGAUCACGUCAUUGACCCCUUAACCCACAUGCGCUACACCUGCCAACAACAACAAUGGCAAAUUAUAUAAUAGUGCUUGUGCUGCAGAAAUUACUGAUCUUAUUGUGGCUAUUACAGAAAAAUCCUCUGCUCCCCUGAGCAACAAGUGGUCAUAGAGAGCAGCGUACGCCACAUGUACAUAGCUCCACUGUGGAGUGCAACCAGAAGGACAGCCAGGAGAAAGUUUUGGGUAAGAGAAAAAUUUUGGAUGCACUUGCUUCACAAUCUGCUUCUCUGUUUUUGGUGUAUUUCUGUGGCAGCUUUACAGGGCCACAUACAUGCCUGGCAUAUAUACUACAACAUUUUUAGUGGUUUUGUCUCCAUGUUGGCAAGGCCUAAAAGUGCAUCAGACAAGACAUCACAAUCAUUGUGACAAAUGACUGUAACAUACAAUGGCUCUUAUUUACCAAACUUGCAUUGAAACCAGUUCAGAGUUGGGUGUAGAAAUCAUGUUCAACAAUUUCUACGUGUGAUCUAUGAAACGUGCAUAUCUGGCCAACUAGAGCAAACGAAUUAUUAAGAUAGAUAGAUAGAUAGAUAGAUAGAUAGAUAGAUAGAUAGAUAGAUAGAUACUAUAUAAACCUCGGGGGAAAAUCAAGAAAGGCUGUCAAGGCUUAUUAUAAGUGCCGGAGGGCAUACAGUGAUUUAUCGUCUUUUGACGGAGAUAAUCUGAUCUCUUCUGACUGUUCAUGACACUUGUACAGAGAUCUAAGGAGGUCCAAAAUGUACGGUAGCCUAUUAAACAAAUAAAGUACUGUUAGAAUUCUAAUUCUAGUCUUAAUUGCUUUCCAGCAAUCAUGCACAAGGCAGAGUAGUGGAUAAGACUGAUUAUUUUUGUCACCAGAUAUGCCGAUUGAUUAUGAUCCAAUGUAAAUUAAUGUUUAUGUUCUUUAAUCAUCAGCUCUUUCAGGCACACUUCAAGUUUAUACAGUUAAAUAUUUAUGAGUACAACACUCCUCUUACCACCGAACCCUUGACUCAGUCACAGCAGUCCAAAUAUAUCUAUUUAAAAAGCUCAACAUUUAAUUUGUUUUUUCCUCUUUCUUCUGAAUAACUGUAUUUUUUUCUGCAAAGCAUUUCCACACUGAGUUGAAAAUGUGGGUACAUAGCAUAUAGCCUGGCAUCACGGCUGCCACGUGCCUGUGUUGCUUUGAUGCUUCAACUGCGCUUGCCUCAAAAAUGAACGUGAUGCAGUGUACACACGUGUAGUAGAGAGGGUGUGGAAGUGGAGGAGGGGUCACUGCACAGACACAUGCCUGUCAAACCACCUCCGAUGGAUAAAUUUGAUGUUUAACCCAGUUAAAAAAGGAAAAAAAGGAAAAAAAAGAAUAAGUGUUACAGUUCAAUUGAGAUCUUUGGCAUCCUCCCUAUGGGUGCACACACCCCAGGCUGGAAACCAUUGGUUUAAGGUGUAUCAGAAAAUGCUACAUGUACAGUAUUUUGGCCCUAAACCUUUUAACAACUUGUAACCCAAGAAUUUUAUUAAGAAUUUUAAAGUCAACAAAAAAGGUGUAAAGUGAUCUACUGUCUCUGUCUUUAAAAUGACUCUGGUAGCAGUGUUUUGAACUGACUGCUGGUGUUUGAGUGAUUUUCCUGAUUCUGCUGAGACAAGCCCUUUAAUCCUUGACAUAGCAUGCUAAUUUUGUGUCAUAGUGGCUUUCAGACACCUAGAUUUCUGCCUCAGAAAAAAUAUGUAGCUUCAAAGUGAAAACAGCCAUUGAGAACUGUAGGACCCUCAGUCCUGAUGCUUUUUCAAACUAUUGAUCUUUGCACCUCAUUACAUGCAGCUGAUUACAUACAUUUAUAUAUCACCAGUGGUUGACAGGAGAGUAAAAGCUGUGUGAUAUGGAGGAGAGGGGCGUAGCUGAUGUUCAAGGAAGAUCAGAGCCUACCUUUCAGGAGCAGCUGAAGUGAAUGCAUGGUUGUUAUUCUGAACGUAGAGACCUGUGUGGUGGAAGUAGCCCAGCUUCAUUCUGCUCCUCAUCAUCUUGAAAGCGUUGACAAACACAGCUCCUGCCAAACUUUGAACAAAUACCCGGUGCAGGAAAAUAAGUAGCAUCCAGACAGACAUAAAUGGUUAUGAGUAAAUCAUUUAGAAAUAAAACCUGAAAUAUUUUAACUAUCACCAUGGGGAAAUUUGCUCACACAUAGUUGCAACUGAGUUUAAGUAUAGGAAAAUAAAUAGAAAUCAAAUGAGAAAUAUGAAUAAGAAUCAAAACAGUAAGUACAAAGAAAGCUAUGUACGAAAGAGCAAAAAGAGAAGAUUUGUACAAAAUGUGCAAAGAGAACAAACAGUAAGUAUGUAAAGAUAAAACCGCACUGUAAAAACAGCAUUGGAUUGUAGAGCUACUGCUUUAGGUAUUGCAUAGUAGCCCCAAUAAAAACCAUCUUUAUCCAAGGUUAGUAUUACAUAGUUCAAUUUUAAAAGCAUUAGUGGAAAUCAAACUGACUUGAUCAUGUAUGUCUUUAACAGGCAGUUUUGGUCCCUAGCAAUCAAACACAUGCAAUGAUGCAGCUUGUUUGUAGUCAUGUGAUUACAAUGACGCUUAAAAGUCAGAUGGGGGACAGGAAGUGAAGACCACCAGUUAGGAAUCAGUAGGUGUAGAGAAAAGUUAGUACUAAGGCUCUAGAUCAGGGCGAUUCAAUCACAAAUUCAACUGG